AUGAACGGCUGGAAUCUUUGCGGCGAUUUGCGCGGUGAGGCGCAGCGUGGAAAGCGCAGAUGCUGUGCUGAGAAGGGUGCGACUGCGGAGAACUGGGAAAGCGCAGAGGUGGGGGGUGGGAAAACGAGGGAGUACGGCGGAGGCGGAAUGCAUGCGCGGAGGCGGCAGGUCGACGUGGCCAUGCGCGUGAACGGCAUGAUGGGCGGCGGAGCGGGGAGCGCGGAGGAGCUGUCAUUGGAGCAGAUGAUGGGUGUGAGCCGAUGGUGCGUGCUGCUCGCCGUGGAGGUUGGCUUGACGACGAGACUGGCGGAGAGGCUUGGGCAGGUGGAGAAGAGAAAGAGAGAAGAAGAGAGGGAGAGAGUGAGAGAGGAAGAGAGGAGGGUGAGGUAUGAAGAAAGGGGGAAAGUGAGAGAAGAAGUGAGGAGGGUGAGAGACGAUAGGAAGAGAGAGGAAGAGUGUGAGAGGCUGAGGGAGGAUGAGAGGAAGAGAUCGGUCCCCCAUCACUCCCCCAUCACUCCCCCAUCACUCCCCCAACACUCCCCCAUUGCUCCCCCAUCGCCCCCCCAUCGCUCCCACACUGUUGCCCCCAUUUCUCUUAAUGCGGCAGCACCUGCUAGCCCAUGCAAUCUCCCCCUUCCAAAACUACCGCACUCGUCUGCCCCUUUCCACCUCUUCGCCUCUCCCCUCAUGUGCGUUUCUGGCAGCACCUGGCGACGGUUUCAGUCAGACCAUACAGAGGUGGCGAUAGGGGCGGUCCCUCUCAUCACCUCCCAGUAUUCCCAUUAUUCCCAUUAG